CACGACCCGGACGGGAGCCGGGCGGGGUCAGCCCUGACGCGCGACGCAGUGCAUGGCUGUGUGGGGCCUCGGAGGCCACCUUGCCCUGCGCAGGUGCCUCGGCGCCGGCAGCGGCAGGCUACUAUAUCCCCGUUUGCAGAGCCACGGCCCCCAGGGCGUGGAAGACGGGGACAGGCCACAGAUUUCCUCGAAGACACCCAAGAUACCCAAGAUUUAUACCAAAACAGGAGACAAAGGGUUUUCUAGCACCUUCACUGGAGAAAGGAGACCCAAAGACAACCAAGUGUUUGAAGCUUUGGGAACUACAGAUGAAUUAAGUUCAGCCAUUGGGUUUGCUAUGGAAUUCAUCACAGAAAAGGGCCACCCAUUUUCUGAAGAGCUUCAGAAAAUCCAGUGCUUGCUGCAGGACAUCGGCUCUGCCCUGGCGACCCCGCAGUCCUCGGCCAGGGAGGCUCACUUAAAACACACUGCGUUCAAGGCAGGGCCCAUUCUGGAGCUGGAGCAGUGGAUCGACAAGUACUCCAGCCAGCUCCCUCCUCUCACCACUUUUAUCCUGCCUUCUGGAGGCAAGAGCAGCUCCGCCCUGCAUUUCUGUCGGGCAGUGUGCCGCCGAGCAGAGCGACGCGUGGUGCCUCUUGUCCAGAUGGGUGAGACGGACACAAACGUGGCCAAAUUCUUAAACAGACUCAGUGACUAUCUCUUCACGGUAGCCAGAUAUGCAGCCAUGAAGGAGGGGAAUCAAGAAAAAGUAUACAAGAAAAAUGACCCGUCAGGCCAAGCCUGAGGUGCUUGGAAACAAUGGAAGUGGGGAGCUUUGUGGACCCCACCCCCCGGCACCGUGGUGACAAGUGAAGAGAAGAGCUUGUGCGUUGAGUCCUAGUUCCUGGAGCUGUCACCCAGCGGGGGCUGGAAGCUGCUCUUGCCCAGACUGGGCUUCCUGUCAGACCCCCUGCCACCUCUCUCAAGGAGCCUGGUUGUUGGACGAUUCUGCCCCAACCCUGCGGAUCUCCUUGGUCUUGGAAGUGGGGAUAAAUCCAGUAUUGCAGAAAAGGAAAGUGAAAUGCUGCAAAUAAAGCCACGUGGGAAAAAGUAAA